ACAACUGAUUACCUUAAUAAAUUUUAUUGUAUUUAUUUUUUUAAUGAAAUGAACAUAUAUACAACUUAACAAAUUCUAAUAAAGAUGAAACUAUUGGAAAUCUAAUUGAAAGCAUAAAAUAUUGUCACAACAUAAAAUUAGAAUUAACUAUACAGAAGCUAACAGUUAACAGCGUACCAGCCGUAAAUCAAACAUUCUGUAGUAGCUAGCAAAUGUUUGACUGGCUGGGUGACAAUUUGAACGAAAAAUUAUUUGCACAGAAAUAAGACGCUAUUUUUCCCCAACACAAAGAGAAACAAAAAACACAUGGACGAUCUGAAUCCCUUAGCUGGCACAGCGCAUCUGCUGGAGGAAGUGGACAAAAAAUUAAUGGUGUUACUGCGGGAUGGACGCACCUUAAUUGGCUAUUUGCGAUCCGUGGAUCAGUUUGCCAACUUGGUGCUGCAGCGAACCAUUGAGAGAAUACACGUAGGCAAUCAAUACGGCGAUAUUCCUCGAGGUGUAUUCAUAAUACGCGGCGAGAACGUUGUGCUGCUGGGAGAAAUUGAUCGAGAAAAGGAACAGAAACUGCCGUUGAAGGAAAUCUCAGUGGAUGAAAUACUCGAUGCACAGCGUCGCGAACAAGAACAAAGGCACGAGAAGCAUAGGUUAGUGUCCAAAGCGCUCAAGGAACGCGGCCUAGCCGUCAAUGCGGACAUCAUCAACGAAGAUUUCUGCUAAGCAAAGAAAAGAAUUAACUAAUGAUUAGACUAUGUAACCUGCUUAACCAUUGUGACCCGAUCCCGCUGCCGUCCCCGAUCCUGUUCCAGACUCCUCCAACAAUAUAUACUUCUCUAGUAUCUGAUACAUCUCAACUUUCGCCUUGAUCUUGUGACGUCGCGACAAUUGUCGCAAAUACGCCGCUACCGAUUUGCAGAAGAAAUCAUCUUCAGUCUCGUUAGUCGUCGCGGUUCCUGUGGCUCCUAUGGUGGCGGGUGCUGCUCCUGCUGUUGUUGUUGUUGCUAUUGCCUCAAAACCAGAGUUCAUCUCUGGCUUUGCCUGUUCACGCUCAACUCGCACAUUCGGCAUACAGACCACAUAAUCCACAUCUGUCUGCGAAUGCCGCAACAUGUCUGAGGACGCAGCUCCUUCAUCUGUUGUGGACGCCGCCGUUGCAGCUGUCGUUGCGGGCUCCGAGUGGACGGAGACGAGAGCUGGCGAUGGUUGUAAUGUGGGCAACACUUUACGCUCGACAGCUUCCGCAUCGGCCAUAUACUCUUCAUAUGAAUCCUGCCCGUCGCCAUCACCUUCGCCAUCUCCGUCACCAUCGUCCGCUUCAACGAGCACUGAAUAACUUUCCGAUUGCGUCGUUUGCACUUCCAACUUGGCAUCCGCAUCGUAGUUGUGUUCACAAUCGUCGUACACUUGCGAAUCAUCCAUAUCCUGUUCGAUCAUGGGUUCAGGUUCCGCACGCAUUUUCAGGAGAUGCUUCGCAGCCCGCGGCUCGGUCUUUAGCCAACUUGUUGGCGUAUCAUCGCGACGGCUGCGUUCACGACGUUUGCGAACAAAUUCGCGCAGAAAGUC